UUUACUGGAAGCUAAAUUUGUUGAAUUUGAAUACUGAUUUGCAGGUUUCAUAACAUUAGAAAAGAGAAUUGGAAAAAUUUGCAGAGAAUAUCAAAUGGGCUGUACCACUUAUCUUCUGAUGCUGUUAAUUUUACUCUUUGUUUCACCAAAGUGCCAGUCAUGGGCUUGGUUUUCUUCUGGUACAACUUCUGCAAAGAAAACUGAAGAUAAUGUUUUCCCUGCCCGGAAGAAAGAUAACACCAAUGGUUUUGUUGCUGAAUUCUCUGUUAAGAGUCUUCACAACGAUAAGGGAAGGCAGCUUGUUGAAGAAGGCAAAGGCAAACUGGUUGGCUCAAACACUUGCUGGAAAAAUGCUUACAGGCAUCUCUUUGCCGGGUGCUCAGAGAUUAUUGCCAUUGAAGAGAAAAGGUCUAGAUUUGCUUGGCAUCUCAGUGAUUGCUUUCAAAAGGACUCUGGCAGGCCUUCGUUUCCGUAUUGUGAUCCGAAAUCCUCCAUGAUUAAUUGCCUAAAGAAAUUAGAUGACAAGGAGCACAAGAUUUAUCUUGCAUUCUUGUUGGAAACUAACUCUAUUUGCUAUCAGUUACAGGCUCAUGCAUUCCAGCAUGAAACUGAGAGAUUGGUGAAUGACCUUAAAAGUUCAGCCCAAUAUACGGAGAACAAGCUGGAAAUAAUAGAAGAGAAGUCUGAAACUCUAUUGCAGAGCUCUAAUAAAAUUUACGGUUCAUUGGAUUCGAUCGAUCACCGGGUUCAAAGUGUUGCUCAAACAGCAAAGGGUGUACAAGAUCAUAUAGAUUUGUUGUCAAGGCAUUCUGAAGCUGUUUAUCAGCAAUCUAUGAAAAUUGCAUCUUCUCAAGCUGAGCUACGAGAAGGGCAAGUGAGAAUGAAGGAGAAGUUAGAUGAAGGGAUGUCAAUGCUUUAUGAUGCUUACAGUAAUUUGGGUGAAGAAGUCGGCAACUUGAGAGAUGAGGCGAUUGAAGUUCAGAAGCAGAUCAGUGAAGUUGGAGAGGCAAUGUUUUGCAGGAUGGAAAAUCUGCAGAAGAAAGCUGAUGAUAUUGGAAGCAUGGCAGGGGUUUCUUUAGAGAAGCAACAAGAACUUCUCCAGGGUCAAUCCACAGCACUUGAUGGGCUGCAAUUUUUAACCAAAUUUCAGUCUGAAGCACUUGAAGAGAGCAGGAAGAAACUGCAAGAAUUAGCUGAAUAUGGACAUAAACAACAGGAAGAGCUCCUUAAGAGACAAGAACAGCUUCAGGAAGUCCAUGAUCAUCUGGUUGAAAACUCAAAAUCAAUAUUGGCAGCUCAGGAAGCUUUUGAAUCGAAGCAAGCUAGCAUGUUCAUUGCUCUAGAUAAGCUAUCUACUCUACAAAAAACCAUGUUGCUGGAGUCGCGAAUAAUCAAAGCUUUCUUCAUCUACUCCAUGACUAUUUUCAUGAUCUACAUGUUCACCAGUACAAAGCAAACUUAUGCCAUUAGACACAGGCUAUAUAUGGGACUGUGUCUUACAUUCUUGAUUGAAGUGGCAAUAGUCCGAUUCACGGGGAAUGAAAUUGAGCAACAAACAUGGAUAAUAACUUCUGUUAGAUCACUGUUUCUGAUUCUGGCUGCAUUGCAGCUUCUACAUGCCAUUUGUACAUACAGAGACUAUGAAGUGUUGAAUCAUCAGAUGCUACAAACAUUGCUCGAGAAGGUUGAUGGAAUGCAAAGAAUCAAAGAGUUGUCAUGGGAAUCGGAUAGCCAUGUAGACUGGCCUUCAUGGAUGGAAACAGAACUACCUGAGGAUGUAGAUCAUUUUGAAGAUCCCAACUAUUUGACUGCAGAUGGAGUUGCAGAAGAAGUUGGAGAGAACUGGAUCACAACCUCCACAAUUACAGGAAGAUAUAAUCUCCGUUCCCGUAGUAAACACUGACCGGAGUACUGAUAUUUUUGUUUAGCCCUCUUAUGUAUUAGAAACCAAUUUACUUGAAAUGUAGAAACAGUUCAUCAUCUGAAAA